AUGGUGGUCACCUUCGACAUCGAAGCCGAUAGGGCCAAAUUCCCUGCUUUGAAGGAGGACCAGGUCUUCCUCGACAACGCAGGCGGAAGCCAGACGCUAGGGGCCGUCAUCGAAGCUAUAAGCGACUACCUCAUCAAGAGCAACGUCCAAUUUGGAGGCGGCUAUAAAGCCAGUAAGGCAUCAAGCUCUCGCUACGACAGCGGCGUAACCGCCGGAGCUAAGUUCCUCAACGCGGAGAAGGACGAGAUUGCCUUCGGCCCCUCAGCCACGCAACUCCUCCGCAACCUAUCAUUCACAUUCCACUUCCAACCCGGCGACGAAAUCGUCGUCUCCUCCAUCGACCACGAGGCCAACAUCGCGCCGUGGAAAGACCUCGCCCACCGCCUAGACCUAGUGCUCAAGUGGUGGACGCCACCACGAGAUCCUGAUCAACCAAACAACACCAACCCGCGCCUCUCGCCCGCGGACCUACAACCCCUACUAUCCCCCAAGACGCGCCUCGUAACAUGCACGCACGCCAGCAACGUCCUCGGCUCGAUCCACGACGUCAAAGCCGUAGCCGCGGUCGUCCGUAGUAGCGCCGCGCCCCAAGCCCUCCUGUGCGUCGACGGCGUGGCCUAUGCGCCGCACCGCCCCGUCGACGUGAAGGAUCUCGGGGUGGACUUCUACGUCCUGUCCUGGUAUAAGGUGUACGGGCCGCAUGUCGCGAUGCUGUACGGGAGCCGCCGGGCGCAGGAGCAGAUGCGCUCGCUGGGGCACUUUUUCAAUCCGCAUGCGACGCUUGAGAAUAAGAUUAGUCUUGGAAGCGGGUGUUACGAACUAGUACAAUCCAUCCCCCCCAUCGUCGACUACAUCGGACAUCCCUCCCCCUCCUCCUCCUCCUCCUCCUCCUCUUCCUCCCCCUCUUCCUCCCCCAACAACAACAACAACAACAACAACAACAACAACAACAACAACAACAACAACAACAACAACCUAUGGCCCAUCAUCGCACAUCACGAAUCGCAGCUCCAAUCCACGCUACUAGCCUACCUAGCUUCCAAGCCGGAGAAAAUCACCAUAUACGGCGAGCCCAGCGCGGACGGCGCCCUGCGCCUGCCCACCGUGAGCUUCGUCGUCGCGGGCUGGGACUCGCGGGAGCUGGUCGAGACGCUCGAGCGCAGCACCGGCUACGGCUUCCGCUGGGGCGCGUUUUACUCGAACGCCCUGGUGCACGGGUUCCUGGGCCUGGGGCCGAGCGGCGUGGUUAGGGUUAGCAUGGCGCAUUAUAAUACGCGUAAGUCGAAUGAAUGA